AUGAAGAGCUUCAGCAUCAUCGCCAUGACUCUCGUUGGUGUCGCCCUUGCCGCUCCAGCCCCCGCUCCAGUCGCUGUAGCUGAACCAGCCUCUACAUCCAACGGAUACGUUUACUGCUACCAGUGCCGAGGAGAGCCAAAGAUCUGCCUUCCAUAUAUCCCAAUUAUCAACCCAUGCACCGUCAAGGGCGAGGCUGCCUAA